UCUAUAAUGUCACUCAAAUUCUUCAGGUAGAAAAUAAUUGACUUAUUUAUAUGUACAAAAAUGUAGGUUUCCUGCUAUGACAUUGAUUUUAUGCUUCUUUCUUUUUUCUCCUGAUAAAGUUUUUAUCUACUUUUUAUACAUCAUAUUUGAAGAAUUUAGCUAGUGAAACUUGAAAGACACUUACAGUCAUAGAAAAACAAGGAGAAAUAGAGAAAGGGAAAGCAAACAAUUUUAAGGUGUCAUUUUCUGCUCUUCGCAAGGAUGUUUUCAAUGUUUUGGAUUUUAUGGAGAGGUUAAAGAAUGAAGAAGAUGAAAAUGUUGUUGACAUGUAUCUAAUUGAAAGGCUGAGACUUGAGCUGGCAUUUAUUUGUACUUACGUCCAGCUUUCUUAUUCCGAUUUGGAGCAGUUUGAAGUUGUAAUGACUGCCCAAAGACAAAGGAUUGAAGAACUGCUUCGAUCAAUUUUGUAUGAUGGGGACUCCAGCCCGGGGUUUAAGUCUGACAUGCAUCACGUCCUUCCUCGCUUCAUGGAAAAUAUUGAUGACUGUAUAACCAUGACUGAGGAGCAGUUGAACUUCCUCCUCCUGAAUCUCCAUCAUCUGUCCAAGCAUCAGUAUCUCGAAGAACGCAUGCCUUCAUUAGUGACUCAAUAUGAGAUUCUUCAGAAUGUGUGUGGCAACGUGGGAGAUUUCCAUGGGUUGAUACUGAAUGGUUGCGUUGAGCAUGAUAAUGUUGAGUAUGUCUUACCUCAGUUUCAACAUAUGGCUGAUAGAGUUGGACUCUUCCUCUGGGAUGAACUAAUUCUAGAACACUCUAGUGUCUUCAAGCUAGCUCAUCUGCUCUUGAAGAUUAUCCCAAUUGAGCUGGAGGUCAUGCACAUAUGCUUUACAAAAUUUAAAGCAUCAACUUCAGCGGAAGUUGGACACUUCAUUAAGCAGCUUUUAGAAGCCUCUCCAAACAUUCUUAGAGAAUAUUUGAUUCAUCUACAAGAGCACAUGGUAACUAUUAUUACCACAAGCACUUCAGGGGCUCGAAAUAUUCAUGUCAUGAUAGAGUUCCUAUUAAUUAUUCUUACAGAUGUGCCAAAGGACUUUAUUCAUCAUGAAAAAUUAUUUGAUCUGUUGGCACGUGUUGGAGCACUUAUCAGGGAGAUAUCAACUCUUGUUCGUGACUUAGACGAGGAAUCAAGGAAUAAAGAGAGUACUAAUGGAACAAAUUGUGCAACUCGAGACUUGCUAGAUAGUAUUGAACUCCUCAAGGAAGAUCUCAAACAUGGUUAUCUGAAAGCCCCGGACUCAUAUCAAUGUUGCUUCUCCAUGAGUGAUGGACCGCUCUUCAUGCAUCUUCUACUCAUCCACUUAAAUGAUCUGCUAGAUUCCAAUUCUUAUCCAAUUGCUUUGAUAAAGGAAGAAAUUGGACAGGUAAAAGAAGACCUAGAAUUCAUAAGAUCUUCCUUCGUGAACAUUGAGCAAGAAUUGAAUAAAGUUCUUUGGGCACGUGUUUUAGAUGUGGCAUAUGAGGCAAAAGAUGUCAUCGAUUCAAUAGUAAGAGAUAAUGGGCUAUUUCAUCUUAUUUUCUCACUUCCCAUCACCAUAAAAAAGAUCAAGCUUAUCAAAGAAGAUGUCUUCAAUUUACUUGAGAAGAUUCCCAAGAACAGGAGCCGUGUUGUUGUAAGCUCUCCCAAGAAGCCAGUUGAAAGCAAGUCAUUAACAAAUGGUAAAGUAAUUGUAGGUUUUAAGGAGGAGACAAAAUGGUUAAUUAGUAAGCUCACCUGUGGACCGAAAGAUCUUGAUGUCAUUUCGAUCACUGGUAUGCCAGGUUCGGGCAAAACUACUUUGGCGUACAAAGUAUACAAUGAUGAAUCAGUUUGUAGUCAUUUCGACCUUCAUGCAUGGUGCACAGUCGAUCAAGAAUAUGAUGAGAAGAAGUUGUUGAUGAAACUUUUUAAUCAAGUUACCGGAUCGGAUUUGACGUUUAGCGAGGAAAUUGAUGUUGCCGAUAAGCUGCAGAAACAAUUGUAUGGAAAGAGGUACCUAAUUGUGCUAGAUGACGUGUGGGAUACUACUACAUGGGAUGAUUUAACAAGACCUUUCCCUGAAGUUGUGAAAGGAAGUAGAAUUAUUUUGACGACUCGACAAAAGGAAGUGGCUUUUCAUGGAAAGGGCAACACUGACCCUCUUAACCUUCGAUUGCUAAGACUAGAAGAAAGUUGGGAGUUAUUAGAGAAAAGGGCAUUUGGAAAAGAGAGUUGCCCUGAUGAACUAUUGGAUAUUGGAAAAGAAAUAGCCCAAAAUUGUAAGGGACUUCCUUUGGUGGCUGAUCUGAUUGCUGGAGUCAUUGCAGGUUUGGAAAAGAAAAAGUCUGUGUGGCUUGAAGUUCGAAAUAAUUUUAAUUCCUUUAUUUUGAACAGUGAAGUGGAAGUCAUGAAGGUUAUAGAAUUAAGUUAUGAACAUUUACCAGAUCAUCUGAAGCCAUGCUUUCUGUACCUUGCAAGAUAUCUGAAGGACAAAGAAAUGAACAGAGAUGUGAUGAAAAUGCAUUGGCGUGCUGAAGGGCUAGUUGAACAGACAGGGAUGAAGAGUUUGGAAGAAGUGAUGGAAAUUUAUUUGGAUAAUCUAAUUUCCAGCAGCUUGGUAAUUUCUUUCAAUGAGAUAGGUGAUGACCCGACUUGCCAACUACAUGAUCUUGUACAUGACUUUUGUUUGAUAAAAGCAAAAGAGGAAAAGUUGUUUGAGCAGAUAAGUUCAAGGGAUCCAUCUUUUUCUUCAGAAUUGAUGCCACGCAUUGUAAACAUUGAUUAUAAUAAGGAGCAGUUUGAGCAUAACACUUUCGUUCUGUUUAGUUCAAAAAUGAAAAGACAUUCUGGUAAACACCUCUAUUCUUUGUUCAUAACUGGAGACAAGAUGGAAGAUUGUCUUUCUGAUGCAUGUCACCUAAGAGACUUGAGGCUUCUCAGAGUGUUGCAACUGGAUCCCUCUUUUAUGAUGGUGAAAGAUUCUUUGCUGAAUGAAAUAGGCAUGUUGAAUCAGUUGAGGUUCUUAUAUAUUGGGACAGAAGUUAAAUCUCUGCCUUCAUCUUUCUCAAACCUGUGGAAUCUAGAAACCAUAUGGGUUGAAAACGAAGGAUCAACCUUGGUACUAUUACCGAGAAUUUGGGAUCUUGUAAAGUUGCGAGUGCUGAUCAUGAAUUCUUGUUCUUUCUUUGAUAUGGAUACAGAUGAACCAAUACUGAUAAUAGAGGACUCAAAGUUAGAGAACUUGAGAGCAUUAGGGACAUUCGUGCUUUCCUAUUCAAAAGAUACAGAGGAUAUUUUCGUAAGGUUCCCCAAUCUUCAAAGGCUUACAUUUAUUCUCAAGGAAUUAUGGGAUUAUUCAUCAAAGCGCUUUUGGUUCCCUAAAUUGGAUUUCCUAACCAAACUAGAAGUCCUCAAUGUAGAAUUUGAAAGUUCAAAUUCAAAUAACAGUGGGCCCUCUGUAGUGACAAAUUGGUCGUGGGAUUUUCACUUCCCUUCUUAUUUGAAAACAUUGGUGUUGCGUGACUUUCCUCUGACAUCCGAUUCACUAUCAACAAUAGCGAGAAUGCCCAAUCUUGAAGAUCUGGGCCUUGAGAAGACAAUUAUCAAGGGGGGAGAAUGGAACAUGGGGGAGGAAGACACCUUUGAGAAUCUCAAAUAUUUUGGGCUGUUUGAAGUGCCUCUUGCUAAGUGGGAGAUUGGAGAGAAAUCCUUUCCCGUGCUUGAGAAAUUAGCAUUGUGGGGAUGUCGUAAGCUUGAGGAGAUUCUGCCUAAUUUUGGGGAUAUUGGUUCAUUGAAAAUUAUCGAACUUGAAGAGAACCCUCAAAUUGAAGAUUCCGCUCUGACGAUUAAGGAAUAUGUUGAAGAGAUGACGGGAGAAGACAAGCUUAAGAUCAUUAGCCCGAACAAUAUCCCGUUAUCUAAGACAGGUUCUUCUUCUCUUUGAAACAUGCAUGGAGUUGCCCACUCUCUGCUAUUGGGAAAGAGGGAAGUGAAACAGAAGGUACUGAAGUCAUUGACAAAUUCCAAGGCAACAUGAAGUGGAAUCAACCAUCGAUAAGAAUUUGGAGUUGCUGUACGACAUGUAAAACUUUUCAUGUGCCUAUUAAUAUAUCGAUGCUGGAUAUGCCAUCUCAAACUUUUGAAAAAAUUGAAUGAGUCCACGGUAAUAGAGGUGCUAACAAAUAUCAACUUUCCUGAAGAUGGCACCUUUAAGUUCAUUAACUUUGGUAGACAAGCACAUACUACACCGAGGGCAAUAUCAAGUAUGUCUCCUUUGGAACGCUGAUGCAUAUGAUUAUAUGGCUCCCAAAAGCAAAGAAACUGAAUCAAGUUCAAAUAAAGAAACAAGUGAGGCAGCUAGGCUACAUCCACCACUCUAUGAGUUUUCUUUACAAGUGUUAUAUCAAUCAGAAGCUGAAGAUAAUGAACAUGGGGAGGAGGAAUGUUUCAAAAGAGACAAUCUAAAUGCUAAUAGCCCUUCCAUCAAAGAGUUGAUCAAAACCUUCAGCAUUGAUAGUUAUCCUAUGAGAAUGCAGUGCGAUAGUGUCGCAGAUUUAAUGGGUGAUUUCGUGGUUAAGUCAGCCAUGGAAAAAUCUUUGACGCCUUCAGAAAAAUACUUUGAGAACAAAAUUUGGAUACUUAUUCAGAGAAAAUUGCUUUGGGCAAUAUCUUAAUUUACCAGAGGACAACAAUGCUCAUUUCUAAAUAAAAAUGGUAUAUGAUCUUCUCAAGCGUAGGUUUAUGUAUGAAA